UUUGACCAUAAACUUCAUUGGGAUCCUGAUGAAUAUGGUGGCGUUCAGCAUCUUUAUGUUCCAGCGGAGCAAAUAUGGCUACCUGACAUAGUUCUCUACAACAAUGCGGAUGGCAACUAUGAAGUUACAAUAAUGACGAAAGCCAUCAUUCACAGUACUGGCAGAGUGGUGUGGAAUCCUCCAGCCAUAUACAAAAGCUCUUGCCACAUUGAUGUCCAGUAUUUCCCCUUCGACAGACAGACGUGCCUCAUGAAGUUUGGCUCGUGGACUUACGAUGGAUAUCAUGUGGAUUUGAAGCAUCAGCACGAGAUAGAAAAUUCCUCAUUGGUUCCCCAAGGUGUCGACUUGAGCGAGUUCUAUCUGAGUGUGGAAUGGGAUGUGAUGGAUGCCCCAGCCACUCGCAACGAAAAGUAUUACUCAUGCUGUGUUGAACCUUAUCCAGACAUCACCUUCAACAUGACAUUGCGACGGAAGCCAUUGUUCUAUACAGUCAACCUCAUUAUUCCUUGUGUCGGGAUUUCGGGAUUGUCCGUCGUUGUCUUCUAUUUGCCGUCGGAGAGUGGUGAAAAAGUCAGCUUGUCCAUCUCAAUUCUUCUUUCUCUGACCUUCUUCUUCUUGGUAUUGGCUGAAAUAACCCCAUCUACCUCACUGGCAAUGCCUCUGCUUGGGAAAUAUUUGCUGUUUACCAUGAUUCUUGUGACUUUAAGUGUUGUCUUUGCUGUAGCAGUAUUAAAUGUCCAUUUCAGGUCGCCGUCUUGUCAUAAAAUGCCAAAUUGGACCCGACGUUUGUUCAUUCACAUUCUGCCAAAGGUGCUACUCAUGAAGCCUCCCCAAUACACAGAUCAUCAUAACAACAGAAACCAUAAGGAUAAAAAAGCUAGUCAUUCAACGAAGAAUAAGAAAAAAUCGGAGAAAGAUACUGUGGACCCAAAAGUGGCGAGACUGAUCAGAGAUUCGUCUGCUUCUCUGCUGGACCUGAGGUCAGAGAAGUCUUCCGUGGACGGAAACGGCAUCGUGAUCCGAGAGUUAGACUCGAGUCCAACAAUCGUCGAGAGAAGAAGGUAUCCGAGACAGAUCCUGAGGUCAAUCCAGAACGCAAUGUUCAUUGCCCAACACAUCGACAACGAAGAUGAUUUUGGAAUGGUUAAAGAUGAAUGGAAGUAUGUUGCUAUGGUGCUCGACAGGUUAUUCCUUUGGAUGUUCACCGCAGCUUGUGUCAUUGGCACUGCUGGCAUCUUUCUUCCUGCUCCCCUGCUUUACGACACUGAUGAGCCCAUCGAUAUAAUAAGCUCCAAAGUGGCACAGGUUCUUCAGGACUGA